GGCAACAUGGCAUGUUUAUGUCAAAAACACAGACAUUUUAAAAUGUAUAUUGUAUUGUUUUAUUCUCCAUAUAUUGCAUAUUUUAUGUUUAUGAGAGUUUUAGAGACAUUUUAGCUAUAUUUUGAAGCAACCUGGGGUUUUUAGCCAUCUUAUAAAGCAGUUUUUGUCUUUAAUAUGGCAACUACGAUUCAAGGUGACAAAGAUAUUUCUGUUGACGAAGAAAACGAGGCUGAAUUGACUGACAAAAAAGAUUUUGAAACAGUUUUUAACAUUUUUGAUGAACAGGAUAGACCACCUAUAUAUCAAGAACAUGAAAGUGAUCCAUUAUCAGAUUUUGAACACAAUGUUAUCAGAUCUGUCAGUGAUGAGGAUACAGAGUCUUUAACUGGGAGUCUUGAUGGUGUAACUGGAGGUGAUGAAUAUGAACUAACUGGCGAUGAUACUGAAUAUUAUUCUGAUCCUGUUACAAAACAGACCAAGCAGGAAAAAUUACGUAUGCUGGCUUUACGAAGGCAUCUUGAUCUUCUUAGUGAGCAAGUGUUGCAGAAUGAUUAUCUUGUCAAUCAAUCAAGAGAAGAGUUGACAAAAUGCCAGGAGAAUAUCCAAUCAUUAGAAACUGAGAUUAAGAAAAUCACAACUGAAAUUGAAGAACAAGACUCGAAGGAAAAUAAAGCUGGAAUAUAUCGUCUUAAGUCCCAGUAUACAAAGCUCUGCAGUGAACUUGAGACUGAGCGGGAACUUGCAGCAGAAAUCCGAGAAAGACUUGAUAACGCUGAAUACUCCCUUUCAUUGGCCACAAUGGAACAAAGUCGUUUUCUAUUGGCUGGCGAGGAACUUGAGAAAGAGGAACAGUUGGAAAUGAAGAAUAAAGCUGAAGCAAGCGCUGGAAGGAUUAGAAAAGAAAAUAUCACAGCAAUGGCUGCUGAUAAAAGAAGAAGAAUUAGAGAGAAAGAUCAUAUUAUGGCUUUACGUGAGAGAGAAAGGAAACACCGACAUGCCAUAAACAUGGCAAAAAGAAGCAGAGAACAAGCUUCAAAAUUUUUAAAAGAAACAAUGACCAGGGUUCGUUUAAAAGAAGCUGAAGAGGAAGAGUUUCAUCGUGUUGAUAUGGAGAACAGGAUAAAGAAUUUACUUAGUUUGAAAAAUAAUAUUGAAAGUAACAAGGAAAGUCUUCGGGCUGUGGAAGCAAGACGCGCCUUCCUGAGAAAUGAACAAGAACAACGCGAACAGGAAGAAAGAGAUGAAAUUGUAAACCAAGGAUUGAAUCCCGACGAAGUUUUAACAAGACGCAAGAGAAUAAGACAAUUCGAGAAAGAUAAAGAGACGUUUGAGAAGAGACAAAGAGAAAGGCAGAUUGAGAUUGCGGAUAAAUUAUUGCGUGAGGAUAAGCAAAUGAAGAAACGAUAUCAACAACAACCUCAACUUUGGCCAGAGAAACAACGAGACAGAAACAAGAGAUUUGGACGUCGGAAGACGAAGCCAAAGUCUUUGAGAGUUUACAGCGGCUCAUCCUCGAUGGAGUACAGCGCAGAUGCUGAAGAUGCUGGGGGAGCAUUUGUACCAAGCAAACUCAUUCCAUUCUCCUCCGAUGAUGAAGAUGAAUUCUCGCCAUUUGGUCACACAAGUCGUGAUGAGGAAAAGGAAGGUGAUUCUGAUCACGAGGGUGAAGAUUUAGCAGAGCCGGAAUUUCGAGGAUUGUGGGAAGAUGAGAGAAACGAACCCAAGAAUGGAGAUAACUGUGAAACGAAACUAAAGUUUUCAGGCCAUAUUCCAAGUAAAACUGAACAGGAAAUGAUGGAACAAGCUUUGUUGAAGCAGAAGGAAAAUAUUGUUCAGAAACAAGUUGCUGUUGGAAGGGAAUUUAAGGGUCAAGCAUUUUACAGUAAACCAGAAGUAAUCAUUUUCAAGGAUUUCGAUAUUGGAAAGAGUUAUCGUAAGAAGGUUGUCUUGACUAAUGUAUCGUACACGCAGAACUUCUGUAAAUACCUUGGAAUGUCCGCCCAUCUCUUGGAUUUUAUUGAUAUAAUUUAUGAUCCACCUGGACCAAUGUCUGCUGGCUUAACUUGUGAUUUCACUGUCAUAUUUAAACCAAUGCUCAAUGAAGAUCUUGUUGGUCAAAUUGAUUUCCUAGCUCAAACUGGACCUUUCUCUGUAGCUGUGAAAUGUUUUACGAAGAGAUGUCAGGUCAGCGUUGAUAGAAACGAGAUCAACUACGGCAGUCAAGUUAUUGGUGAAACAUGCAAGAAGACAAUAUUGUUGAUCAAUGAUGGAGCUUUGUCUACCCAAUUUCACGUAAAGAAACUCCAAGCUGUUGGUGAGCCGUCAGUUGAUAUCACGUUACCAGAGUCGGAGGGAGAUUCGAACAUCGCUGAAAGUCCGGAAACAACGAACGUUAAAGUAUCGUUAAAGAGCGGUGAUGAAAUGACUCAACACAGUGUUGACACACAACAAGACGCGACCUCUGAACAGAAAGAUCCGGAACUGGGAAACCAGGAAAAACGCAUACAAGAUUCCGUGAAUGAAUGUGAAUCACAAACUGAAACUGAACAAACAGAUGAAGUUUUUGCUGUGGGCAAGAUUUCCUCUGGUGAGCUUCAGCCGUUCUCUUCAGUUCAACUUGAGAUGAUAUUUGUGCCAGUGAAACCUGGAGAUUGUAGUUGCUUGUUUGAAAUAACUUUUGAAGAUCCUGCAUCACCUCCAAUAGUUAUUACUGCUCAAGGAACCGGGGUUGAUGUGCCUGUUUGGGUUGAUCGUGAGGUUAUUAAUCUGAAGAUAUGUAUGUUUGAUCGAUUGUAUCAAGACGCCAUUGUUGUUAAUAACAGAGCAACGUCAGCGUUGAGACUAAAGUUUGAAGUAUGUAAAGAAUUAAAGAAUCACUUGGAGUUACUACCAAAAACUGCUUAUAUCCAAGCACAGUCACAGUUCUCCGCUCAAUUGAAAUUCUUGCCCCGGAAAACAUUGCUUGAAGAUUGUCCUGAAUAUUUUAACGCUGAAACUGGAUUACUGGAGGCUCCGUUAAUGAUCAGAGUUGCUGAACAGACUCGUCCAGUGCACUUCACCGUGCGUGCUAUAAUCACUCCGUCAGAUAUUGAGUUCAGUGUCUCCGAAGUGGAUCUUGGUUAUUGUACAACCGUAGAAUCAGUACGUCAGACUAUCACAAUGACGAACAAGUCAAUACUUGCUCAAAUGUAUGGGUUUUGUGGCGUACCCGAGUGUUUCGAAGUUCAGCCUAACGAUGGUUUUGGGACGUUGCUUCCCUUGGAAAGUUUGGACAUUGAUAUCAUUUUUAGUGCCAAAAAAGCUCAGGAAUACAAAUUGGACCUGGUGUGUAAAAAUGGUAUUGGAACGGAAUACCGGAUCUCGUGUAAGGGGACUGGUGUUUACCCACCGUUAGAGCUGUCCCAGUCCAUCAUAUCAUUCCGCGCAACAGCAGUUACAGACAGCUCCAUAGCAAAUCUGAAAGUGAUCAACAGUCACACAGAUAGCAAUGAAUUUACCCAUGAAGUACCCCGUAUUGGAAGGGGGCCUGUUGCCAAAGUUGGACCAACGACAUUUGAAUUUGUUGUCCCCAAUGGUGCUCCAGUUACUAUUUCUCCUGCAGUUGGGAUGGUCAUGCCCGGUCAGAGUUGUAAUAUUGAAGUGACAUUUAGUCCAGAGCUCGAGGAAUCAGAUAUUGUACAAGAGGCGUCUCGCAUUGCGGAGAAGAUUAAAGAAAUUAAACGAAAGAUGAGCGAAGAAAAUGCAGCGAAGUCUGAAGAUGUCGUUUCUCAUGGAAAAAAACAAGGAACUAAAGUUGCGAAAAAGAGUGGAAAAGGUUCACCAAAACGAGGCCAGACUCCCGCAAAUACACCUGGGAUACGAAAUCAGUCAACACCGAAUAAACAAGAUCGUAAUAAAAUAUUUAAAGAAGGAUCAGACGAAUAUUGUGCUGCAAAGUUGUCUCUUCUGAAGUGUUUUGAGAAUAAAUUAUCAAGUUACGACAUCCCGUGCUUUGUUGCCAGCGGUGAAUCAUCGGAGCCUGGGACGUUACCAUAUAACGCCCACAACACGUUGUAUUUGAAAGUGCACUGUCCAGCGGUUAAACCACAGCUCGUGAUUGUAUCAAACUGUGGAAGAUCAUUUGUUGAUUUUGGGCAAGUUUCUGUUGGUCAACGACUACUCAAAGACAUCACGAUCCAAAAUAUCUCCUCGAGUGCCUUGGAGCUUUCUUCAUCCCUAUUAGACCCUCAUGGUCCUUUCAUGCUCCUGAAUGCAAACCGGACACUUGAACCCAUGGAAACCCAUUCGUCUGUUUUAUCCUUCUCUCCUCAGUCUUCGCAAGAGUUCUACGAAGUUUUGGACUUCAUUUGUGGUCGUUCGACACUUCAUAUUCGUCUCAAAGGCAAGGGUGUGAGACCUGUUGUUUCAAGCACUGUACAAAAUAGUUUGAUUGAUUUUGGAUAUGUUGUGGUUCGUGAUUCCUCUACGAUGGCUUUCAAGUUGGAGAACAAUUCUGAGUUAUGUGUUUCCUUUAACCUCGCCUUGGCCUCCAUGUCAAAAUCCAGGAGAUCCCAGCAACGAAAUAUCCUCCCAUCAAGAGCCAAGGAACCUGUUAUUGGCUGCUCCAACUACAAUGGCCAGAUCGUGUUCGAUUGUGUUCCAGCAUGCGGAAAUAUAGAACCUGGAAAGUCGCAAGAUAUUACAGUGACAUUUUCCGCUGACCAUCCUAGUGAUUGCUAUGCGGAUGAACUAAGCAUUGAAAUUAAUAAUGACGUGAGUGAAACAGUGCGCCUGCGCGCACGAGCUUCAUCAGCAUUGAUGUAUCUGCAAGGAUGGGAUGAGUUGCAAGUUAACGAAGAAUCUCUGUCGGAGAUCACUCCUGAACGAGAGGAAGGUGAUCCUAUUCAAAAGGUUGUUCUAUUGUUAUUUAAAAGUCAGUCUAAACGAGGGCAGGCGUACAGUCCAGUGGAGCGUCGUAUUGAAGUAGGAUGUAUAAAAUCAACCUUACAAACUCGAAAGUCCUGUGAAUUCGUCUUCGACAAUCCCAAAGAAUGCAACGAGAAGGGUUUCAGCUUCGAUCCGAUCAAAUCAAGCGUGGAGGCUGGGCACAAGAAAGACAUCAUCUGUCGAUGGCAGCCAACCGCUGAUCAGGAUCCAAGUACCGUGGUAAAUUGUUGCACCAUGAUUACUGUGAAAGGUGAAGUGAUGACGCAAUAUAAAGUAUUACUGAGAGGUUUCAUUGUUUCUGAUGAAUAAGGUCAGUUCAUUUAUAAUAUUUAUAUAUGUAUAUAGUUUUCACGCUGACCUUCGUUUGUGACUGGAAUUUGCGGGCAAAAGUUCAAAUAUGUGCGUAACGAGAUAUUUGCAUGAGUUUGCUCCAGCCAUGAAACUGAAAGUCACCGACAUUAGAUGCAAUCAUUCGUAAAAUCGCAAGGAGCUUUUGAGCGCUGUUAUAAAUAUGUAUAUGCUAAAGAAAUCUAUUAUUUAUUCAAUGAAAUUAAACAAAGUUUUCAAGAAAAUCUUUUAAAUCCUUGAAUAUUGAUUAUUAUACACAAGAACAUUGGGGGCUCUAACUGAAUUUUUCUUAGCAAAACAGUUGAAAUUCACUGUCAUUUGAGAAUAUGUCGUCUUAUGCAGAAACAUCUGCCACAAAAUAAACACGGCUUUUUUAAGCGUUUGUCCUUGAACGACAGUUGUAAGUAUUAAGAAAAAUAUUUAGACUCUCUAAGAGCCGUCUGGUUAUUCUCAAGUGGAUUAGAUAAAAAAUUUAGUUCCUUUAUGAAUAAAGGUCGUUUUGAAAAUAUUAUAUAAGAAAACUUUCCAACUUUCAAAGUCCAGGUAUAUGUAGCUCAGUGCAUUUGAGUUCGCAAUUUAGUACCAGAUUUAUUUCAGGUUUUCGUGAAUGUUAUUGACGGAUACGGCAAAUUCGUCAUUCUUUAUUCCGUUGAUCGGAACGUUUUCCUUAAUAUGAUAUAACAUACCAGAGAAUGGGUUCGAACACGCAAACGGACACACGCGUACGUCAGCUUCUUUCCUUUUCGGAAACACACGCCAAAAUGUAGAUUAAAUUGAACUAAUCUGGAUAAUGGCAGAAUUAUUUCAUUUCUUUGUGUUAAACGAUGCCUCCAUUGGAUGCAUUUAAGCUGUGUUUGAUUUACUUUUUUUUGAGGAAUUCAAAAUUCUUAAAAAACUUUGACAUGGUUAGUGGGCUUGAUUUUUUUGGAUCCUCGUUUGGGUGCAGCCAGUAAUCAGUUGUGACGUUCGAAGGCCAUUCAAAGUAUCCCCGCAUAGAGAAAUAUAGAAGCAGACUUGUUUAUACUAGCAAUGGAUUAUACUUGUUGAGAUUAAACCAAAUGUAUUGUCACAGCAUAGUUUCAAAUACCUUAGUGCUUUUUAAAGGCUUAUAGACGAUCUUCUGUGUAAGAGCUCUCGUAAUU